UGUGACGCUGUGUUGCAUUUCCUGUUGGUGUGGUAUCACUGCACUCUUACCAUAAGGGAAAGCAUUCUAGUGGUCAACGGGUCCCGAAUCAAGGGCUGGUGGCGGACACUUCACUUUCUGACCACAGUUUUGGCCGGCGUUAUGGUUGUCUGGCCCGACGGCUCGAGUUAUACGAAAUUCCGGAUACAAUUCCUGUCUUACAUCUGUUACUCGAGUUUUCUUCAAUUCCUGCAAUACUACUAUCAAUACGGAUGUCUGUAUCGGUUGCGAGCGUUGGGCGAGCGCUACGAUAUGGACAUUACGAUACAGGGCUUCCACUCGUGGAUGUGGAGAGGACUCGGAUUUCUGCUACCAUUCCUGUACUUCGGAUACGUAUUCCAGUUCUACAACGCGUAUACGCUGUACAACAUGUAUACGCAAGACGUGUCAUGUGUUGAAUGGCAGGUGCCGGCUGUCGCCGCCCUGUAUUUUGCCAUCUUUUUAGGCAACACUUUAACCACAUCUCUGGUGAUCCAACAGAAGCUGACGGGAAAGUUAGUCGUCAAACCAAAAAUGAAAUGAAACGCUUUAUAGGCAACAAAAAACAACAAUUAUUUUGUUUGAAUGGAAAAAAUCUCUGUUUAAUUGUUUUAGCGUUUCUUUUGUUUGUUUUUUAAAAUUAAAUGAGAAAAUGAUUGAAUUUUAUAUACGAAUACAAACUACGGUUAAUAUACUUUAUAUGAACUCAAAUUAAGACUCAAAAUAGAUUUAUAAUUAUAAAACUGUUGUCCAAUUGUUUUUUAUUUACUGUACUCUCAACUGUUGGGGC